AUGCCCUCCGUGCUCCUUCUUGGGGCGACCGGCCUCAUUGGAUCUCGUUUGGCCAUUGAUCUCAAAAAGGCAUAUCCCGAAUGGCCGCUGACAGUGCUUCUGCGCAACACGAAUGUUGAUGAGUGGUUCAAAGUCACUGCCAAGGUAGAUCGAAUCGUCCAUGGGACAAUCUCCGAUACGGAGCUGGUGCGCUCUUUGAGCAAGGAACAUGAUAUCGUCAUCAAUUCCGUUACUUCUUUCGAUGGCGAUUUUGUCAAGACGAUUAUCGCAGGCAUGGAAGAAAGACCAGAGCACUCCAAGGGCACCUUGAUUCACAUAUCUGGAACGGGCAACUUUAUUGAUCAUGGCAAGAGCGGCAGUUUCAAUCCCAAUAGCAAAGUGUGGAAUGACGACAACGAAGAUGACAUUCGAAAGAUCGUUCCGACUAUGUUCAAUGGACCCACAGACGUACCGGUGCUCGAAGCAGGAGAACUAGGAAAGAUCGUCACCUACAUCGUCUGUUUUGCGAUGACAUAUGGUUCUAACAUUGGGCCCGUGCCAAACCUGGGCGUUGCGUACAACAUCCUGACUUCGAAUGCAAAGCAACUUGGGUUCGCCCCUUACGUUGGCGACGGUUCGGCCAAAGCUAGUUUGCUGCACGUCGGAGAUGGCGUCCCAUUCGUCACAAAGAUCGUUGGCAUCGCUGGAACGGAGAAGCCCUCGGGCAGUGCAUACUCCAGGUAUUACAUUCUUCAUGGGGAGAGAGUGGCCUGGAAGGAGUUGAGCUCUGCAUUGGCCAAGGUACUGCAUGCCAAGGGUGUCGUGGCUUCACCAGAGCCCAAGAGCGUGCCAUCGGCAGAGGCUGGGCAAGGAGAGAUCGGGUCGCUGAUAGCUGCGAACAUGCUGGUGAAGGGAGAUCGGGCCGUCAGGUUGGGUUUCAAGGCCACGCAUCCGUCGGUCCUGGUGCAAAUGCAGGAGGAUCUUGGGGCCCAUGACUUCUAG